AUGUCGUCCGACGUCAGAGACGUGUUGAAUUUGCCCAGCCGACCGGCACCCAAGCCGCCGGUGGCCAAACGACAGAAAACAGAGUCUGCCAUGAAAAAAAUGGGCAGAUCCACAACAGCAGCUAACAAGAACAGGGUGUGGUCGGGGUUCAAGAACCAAGCCAGAGAGGACGGUCUGGUGUUGCACCACUGGGUGCGUGGAGCAGCUCAUCAGGAGGAUGAGGAGUAUCCGUUUGCGAAAUAUAGCCAGUCGAUUCGCGUGCCGAGAUUUGAUAGACAGGAUUAUGACGAGGCGUUCGCGGACGACAGCUGGAGCUAUGAUGAGACGUGCUAUUUAUUCGGGUUGUGUAAAGAGUAUGAUUUGAGGUGGGUAGUUAUCCACGACAGGUACGAUUUUGCUAAGGAUAGCAGUAAUGACAACGAGAAGAAAGAUGGCCAGAACGAAAAGGCUGAAGGUGAAGAUUCUGAUGAGAAGAAAGCUGAGAAAGAGCAGGGAAGCGACGUUGAUAGCUCGGACGAGGCAGAUAAAAACGAAUCAAAAGAAGAUGCCGAUGCUGAUGCUAUGGACGUCGAUGAAGAAGAGCCUGAGAAUGCAGAUGUUAAGAGUUCAGACGACAAGGAGUCAUCUGGGAAGGACGAUGACGACAGCAGCAAAGAUGCUGCAGCAGAUAAAUCAAAUGACGAGAAGAAAAUUGAGAAGACUGCUGAAGAGAACCAAGAGAAGACGGGAGCAGUAGCAGCGCCAGAUACACAAGCAUCUCGUACAAUUGAAGACCUGAAAUUGCGGUUUUACGGGGUGUGCAGGGCACUGCUUAAACUCCAGCAGACUCGGUCGGGUAUUGCUCUGAGUCCUGCUGAAGAGGAUCUUUAUAAACAAAUGAAGUUUUCGAAAUCGAAUGAAUUACAGCGUAAGGCGCAUUUAGAGAAUCUGCUGAAACGGAGUCCUGCAGAGAUUGCUGAAGAGGAAGCACUUGUGAUUGAAUCACGUAAACUUGAAGCUGCAGCCGAGAGAAUGUUGAUGGAACGAGCCGAGCUAUUGAAACUGCUGGAUGCUCCACAGGCAUCAGGAUCAAUUGCUCAGUAUCAAUCCAGUCAGGGUCUGGCGCAAUUAACAAGUACACUGCUUACCACCGACAAAACGAGGAAACGCAAAGACGCUACCUCGUCUGUUCCUGGUAGUCCUUCACAUGAGUCGGCUGAACAGUCUCCUGUAGUCGAUGGAUCAGUCUCAUCAGUCUCAGCAUCAGCGUCAACCGGACCUGGUGCCUCUAAUAAGAGUUCACACGAUACGCCAACUAAGACGAAAUCCGAUGAAAAGAAUAAAGGCAAGCCAUCUGAUGGCAGUACUGAUAAGACCGGACAACGAGUUAAGAACGAGAAAGAUUCGGAAAAAGCAGCAUCUGCAACACCAUCUGGUGGAGCUGAUAAAGACAAGAAGACUGGGGCAGCUGCUGUAGCACAACUUAUUCAGAAGAAACUGACUGCUAAAGAGGAAGCGGCCUAUGGUAUCUCGUACCACGACAAACUGAGUCCCGGCGUGAGUUUACGAUCAAGUAAAAUCACCACUCUCAAAGCGACAGUUCAAGCCAAAGUCUCUGGUGUGCUUAACGAACUGGGACUGCCUUCACGACCCACAAUGCCGACGGCCAAAGUCACUGCCAAAUUCGAGUCUCUCCAACAAUCCAUCAGCGUGCUCCUCGAAGCCAAAAAACAGCUCGACAAACUCGACACCGAGGUCCGCAUCCUCAAAACUCAGCGAGAAACCGCCAAAUAA